AUUUGGCCCCCCAAACCCAAAAAUAAAACAAACACUUAUCUAAAAUAUUUUUUGUUCAUCCUCCUCCAAAAUUAGAAGAACAGAACAUCAACUUCCCCAAACUCUCACCUUUCUUUCUCCUUAUCUUUCUCUCUCCCUUUUCUUCUCUCUCUAACCCUUCAACCAGCAAAAUAUACACAUAUCAUUCACUCUCACUCACUCACUGCUGCUAUAAUUAACCUGAAUCGGGUCGCGGAAAGCAGCUGGCUGUUUUAAGAAGGAUUGAUGUAUAUUUGAACUACAACUUCUGCAGCUGGUUUGGUUUCCUGGCAUGAAAUCUGAGGGGGGGCAAAAAAGAUGGUGGUAUUUUUCAGCUCAGGAUUUGGUGGAGGAUGAUGAUGCUUCAAGCCCCCUUCUUCUGCCAACUCUCUAACCUACGAGCAGGAGCUAUAGAGCUUCGCUUUAGCUACCUAGCUAGCUAGCAACCUAGAUUUCCCUACAAACCCAAACCCACGACAAAAAAGGGUUCACUUCACUUCUCUGUGCUGAGAAUUAGAUACCCAAAAAAACAAACAACCCAACCCACAAACUAAUUUCUUUUUAUUCCUUAAUUCUUCCUCCCCUAAAACUUCUUUUUAGUAGUACUGCUUAAAUUUUUUUUAAGUCGGAAGAAGAAGAAGAAGCAGGAAGAAGAUGGAUCAACUCACGGCUCACGGCCGUCCACUUCCACCGCCUUUUCACACCAGAGAUCUUCAGUUACACCAUCAUCAUCAUCAGUUUCAGCAACACCUCCACCAGCAGCAGCAACAACAACAACAGCAGUUUCAUCAGCAACAUAAUCUCAAAACCGAAGACGAAAUAAGCGGAAACAGCACCACCCCACCGCCAAACCACCGCAACCACCAGAAACGAGAUCGGGAAGUAGACAAUGUCGGAAAUUACACUCCCAACAGCGGAGGAAGCGGCGGCGAAGAUAAAGAACCAAUGGGUUCUGGUUCCGGCGGAGGAGGAUCCGGAGAGCAAGAUGAAGUGAGGAGGCGGCCCAGAGGAAGACCCGCAGGGUCGAAAAACAAGCCCAAACCACCCAUCAUCAUAACCCGGGACAGCGCCAACGCGCUGAGAUCUCACGUCAUGGAAAUAGCCAGCGGGUGCGAUAUUCAAGACAGUUUAUCUAAUUUCGCGACCCGGAGACAAAGAGGGAUUUGUAUUCUGAGCGGAAGCGGAACCGUCAAUAAUGUUACCCUCAGGCAACCGGCGGCACCCGGAGCGGUGGUGACUUUACAUGGGAGGUUCGAGAUUUUGUCUCUUUCGGGUUCGUUUCUGCCGCCUCCUGCACCUCCGGCGGCUUCUGGGCUCACCAUUUAUUUGGCCGGCGGACAAGGCCAGGUUGUGGGUGGGAGCGUUGUUGGGCCCCUUUUGGCUGCUGGCCCAGUUGUGAUUAUGGCGGCUUCUUUUGGGAACGCGGCUUAUGAGAGGCUACCGUUGGAAGACGAUGAAUCCGCCGGGAUUGCUCCGCCGGGUGGUGGUUUGGGAUCUCCCGGCAGUGGCGGAGGCGGAGGCGGAGGAGGUGGACAACAAGUACAACAACAGCAGCAGAUGUUGGGUCAGGAUCCGAACUCAAAUCCGUUUCAUGGUGGGAUUCAGCCUCCGAAUCUGUUGAAUUCGGGGCAAUUGCCGGCGGAGGCUUAUUGGGGGAAUGCGGGCCGUCCUCCUCCGUUUUAAACCCAUCAUCAUUGAUUUCGGAAGUUGGGCAUUAAUUAUGAUGAUCAUUUUGCAGCAUUCUUCUUCUCUUUCCUUCUUUCUUUUCUUUCUUACUAGCUGGAGAUCUCUCUGAAGUAGUAGUUUCAUCAGGUUUGUGUUUAUGAAUUAAUUGAUGAUCUCUCUCCCCCCAAAGAUGAUGAAUUGAUGAUGAUAAUGGUGGUGAAGAUGAUUAGAGUGUUUUUAAUAUUUCCUUUUUUGUUUUUGGGUUAACUUUGUUGUAUUGGAAGAGAGGGAUGUACAAAUUAAUCAUGAAUUUUUUGUGGGUUCUCUCUUUAGAGAAUAGUUUGUUCAAGUCUUGUUUUUUUUUUUUGGCUGCUGCUUUCUUUUUGGGGGGGAUAGGAGUACUAAACAAGGAGAGAAGAACUUGCUGCAGAAUCUUCUUCUUGCCCUUUUUCUUUUGUUGUUGUUUCAGUUUCUGGUAACUUGUCUGCUAAUUUUCAUUCACUCGGUUCCUGUUCCUCCCCUAUGAAAGUGGGAAAAUAUAUAUUUUUGUUUCAGUUGGGU